GAGAGAGAUACUACUUCAGUUGAAUCUGUUGUUUUGUGUGAUGUCUGCACUUGAGGCUGAAGGGUGGAUGGGCCAUCCCAUUAUCAUUAUAUGCUCCGAAGUGCCUCUCUUCACACCACCUUAUCUCUGGAAUGAUGGAAGAAUCGACUCUAGCCACCAGAUUUCCAGUCUUGGAAUUGUGAGGUGACAAUUGGGUCUGGCCGUGUUGCAGCGAUGAGGCUGGUUUUCGUGUCCGUUUUGUGGAUUUUGGCCCAGAUUGGAUUGGCGAUGGGUCAGAACCAGAACACGAGCGGCACGCCGAGGCCAAGUGUCUUGACAAUCGGUGCUCUGUUUACCUUCAAUUCAACUAUUGGAAGGUCGGCGCAAGUUGCGAUCAAGGCUGCGGUUGAUGAUGUGAAUGCUGACCCAAGUGUUCUUGCAGGCACGAUGCUGAAGCUUAUUAUGCAAGAUACGAAAUGCAACGGUUUUUUUGGAACGAUUGAAGCUUUACAGCUAAUUGGUAAAGACGUCGUCUCCAUCAUCGGUCCACAAUCCUCCGGAAUAGCCCAUGUAAUCGCUCAUGUAGCCAAUGAACUUCACGUGCCACUUGUAUCAUUUGCAGCAACAGACCCGACUCUAUCUGCACUUCAGUAUCCUUACUUUCUCCGGGCAACACAGAGUGACAACUUCCAAAUGCAAGCGGUCGCCGACCUGAUAGCAUUCUACAGAUGGAAAGAGGUAACCACGAUUUUUGUGGACGAUGAUAAUGGGAGAAAUGGGAUAUCCGUGUUAGGAGACGCCCUUGCGAAGUAUCGUGCUAAGAUACAUUACAAAGCCACUUUCCCUCCAAGUGCCACUGAGAGUGACCUUAAGGACUUGUUGGUCAGUCUAAAUCUAAUGGAACCCCGAGUUUACAUCGUCCAUGUAAAUCCUGACACGGGUCUUCGGAUAUUCUCGAUUGCGAAGGAUCUCGGAAUGAUGAGCAAAGGCUACGCUUGGAUAGCGACCGAUUGGCUCGCCUCUGUUUUAGAUUCGACUGAACCACCUGAUCCCCACACAAUGAGUCUGUUGCAAGGAGUAGUUGUUUUUCGCCAUCAUACACCAGAUUCUGAUCCUAAAAGACGCUUUACUUUGAGAUGGAACGAUUUGCUUAAGAAAGGGAACGUCAGUUCGAGCUUGAAUUCUUAUGGGCUAUAUGCAUAUGAUUCUGUUUGGUUAAUCGCUCGUGCUCUUAAUGAUUUUUUAAAUAGAGGAGGAAAUGUAUCAUUUUCUAGUGAUCCCAGCUUGCAUGAUGCGAAGGGAAGUAGCUUGCACUUAUCAUCGCUCCAUACAUUCAAUGCAGGCCAGGACUUAUUUCAGAGAUUGUUAUUGACGAACUUUAUAGGUCUAUCAGGUCGAAUUCAAUUCAACAAGGAAAAGUAUUUGGUUAAUCCAGCAUAUGAAAUUCUUAACAUUGGUGGGACGGGAUCUCGAAGACUUGGAUACUGGUCUAACUAUUCGUGUCUAUCGGUCGUUGCUCCAGAAGUCUUAUAUAAGAAGCCGCGAAACACUUCAACUGCCAGUCAACAGCUUCAUACUGCCAUAUGGCCUGGUGAAACCACUACAAAGCCACGUGGGUGGGUGUUCCCAAACAAUGGGAAGCCUUUGAAGAUUGGGGUUCCUAAUCGAGUAAUUUAUAAGGAAUUCGUCUCCAAAGAUAACAGCCCUGAUGGGGUCAAAGGAUUUUGCAUCGACAUAUUUAAUGCUGCAAUUGCGCUGUUGCCAUAUGCCGUUCCGCACCAAUUUGUAUUAUAUGGAAAUGGUGUGGAAAACCCAAUGUACGACGGACUUGUGGACAUGGUGGCACAAAAUAACUAUGAUGCAGCCGUUGGGGACAUAACGAUUAUUACAAACAGGACGAGGAUUGUUGAUUUUACACAGCCUUAUAUUGAGUCGGGCCUCGUUAUAGUCACUCCCGUCAAAGAGAUAAGCUCGAACGCUUGGGCUUUCCUCAGGCCAUUCUCUCUAGAGAUGUGGAUUGUCACAGCUGUUUUCUUUCUCUUUGUGGGAACCGUCGUUUGGAUUCUUGAGCAUCGGAUAAACACUGAAUUUCGUGGGCCUCCCAGGCAACAGCUUGUAACGGUUUUCUGGUUUAGCUUCUCAACAAUGUUUUUCUCACACAGAGAGAACACCGUGAGCACCCUUGGACGUGCGGUGCUGAUCAUAUGGCUGUUUGUAGUGCUGAUAAUCAAUUCAAGCUACACAGCCAGUUUAACGUCAAUCCUCACCGUGCAACAGCUUUCGUCAGGGAUUGAAGGAAUUGAAGGUUUGAUCACGAGCACUGAUCGAAUUGGGGUUCAAGGUGGGUCAUUUGCUAGAAACUAUCUGAUCCAAGAGCUGAACAUUGCGGAGCACAGGCUUGUCUCUUUAGAACAACGUGACGACUAUGCUCAUGCCCUCGAGCGUGGCUCAAGAGGAGGAGGAGUCUCUGCAAUCGUUGAUGAGCUUCCUUACAUUGAGCUCUUCUUGUCGAACAACAAAUGCAAAUUCAAGAUCGUCGGACAGGAAUUCACUAAAAGCGGAUGGGGUUUUGCUUUCCAAAGGGACUCUCCUCUUGCAAUCGACCUAUCAACCGCCGUUCUCACUCUAUCAGAGAAUGGUGAUCUUCAAAGGAUCCAUGACAAGUGGCUGUCGCGAAGCGGGUGCACCUCUCAAGGCAGUGAAGAUACAUAUCGGUUAAGCCUCAAGAGCUUCUGGGGCCUCUUCCUCAUCUGCGGCAUCACGGCUUUCCUUGCACUCUUUGUGUUUUUCAUGAGAGUUUUCUGUCAGUUUUGCAAGUAUAGUAGCUCCGAGGACAUCGAAAGGGAAGACUCGAACUUGAGUAGUCAGCGUUCGGGCCGCGCACCUAGUAUCAGGGAGUUGCUUAUGUUUGUGGAUAAGAAGGAAGCCGAGGUGAAGAGCAUCAUGAAGAGAAAAUCAAUGGAUAAACUCCAGCAAAGCGCUCACUUCUCAGAUGGGCAGCCCAGCUCACCUUCCUAGUGAAGUUUCUUCAGUGUAGAGUGAAGAGGAUCCUGACCCGAAUGGUAUUCAGAUGAACUUAUUCCGCCGUCCAGAUCAUUGAUCUGAUUGGGUGCAUAAUGGAUGGGUUAUGCUCCAAAAGUCUGCCAUAUCAGAAGAUCCUAGCCAUCCAAUCUUCUGCCCCAUUUCUUUUUUGAACUGCUUAGUUUUAGGCUCACUAAUUGAAGGACUAGAAUUUGGGAGAUUUUUGGGGCAUCCUACAUCCAUGGUGGGUCCCAUCAAAUCAACGCUUUGGAUGAAGUCGGACCUUUAUGGAGUGCAUUGUGACACCAUUCAUGUUCUGAUGCGUCGGGGCCAGGUAAAUCCUAACUAGUAGAAUAUAUACGAGACAUUUUUUAUACAUGAAAUGUAAGAGUUUUCAUGUUUUUGUAUGUAUACCAGCUCAUGGGCAUCAUUUGAGUUUAAAGGAAAGAUAUUCUUAGGUAGUUAGAAAAUACAAUGCUACCACUGCUUGUUCUACUGUAUAUUAUUCAUUAACAAUUUAGUAUCCAGACGG